CGACUCGGCUGCAGACGCCAUGGCGCACGUGAUCAAGCUAGCGACGGAGGCGCCCGACCUGAGCGACUCGGAGGUCAGCUCGCUCUGCGGCAGCGAGCUGGAGCUGGAGAUGGCGUGGGGCGAGGGCCCCAUCGCGCCGCUGCGCACCGAGACGGCCGCGGACGACGGCGCCGCCAAGAAGAGCACGAUCGCGGCCGUGCAGCGCUCCAGCAGCAACGGCAACGGCUCCAGCCGCGCGCGUACGCCGCAGAAGCGUGGCAGCGAGUCGCCGCUCGCGCGCAGCAAGCGCCUGAUCAACAUCCACCCGAUCCGCUCGGCCGGGUACCUGUCCAAGCCCAACGAGCUGCCCGUGGGCGUGCGCAAGCAGCAGCGAUGGUUCAACGACCACCACUUUGGCAACCGCGCGGCCUCCACGCGGCUGGAAGACUUGAUGGAGCACAUGGACAUCAACGUCGAGUGGAGAUCAAACUUCCAGAAGCUGGCAGAGCCGCAGAACGAAGACUUGCAGACGGAGUUCCGCAAGGGAGGAGGCGCACAGGAGAACAACCGACCCCAUGCCCCACGCAAUCGACGCAAGGAUGAAUGGAACGAGGCCGAGCAAAUGUUUACCCGAGUCGACCGCCGCGCACGGACACUGAUGUUGCGGUCGUUCAACUCGUUUGCGCCAUUUAUUGAAGCAGUGGAAUACGUGGUCUUGCACUUCAUUCAGUGGAGAGAAGUUCCAUCCGAGCUGGAGGUUGCAACUCCGCUGUUCCGCAUGCUGAAGCACCCGAUUGAGCUGAUGCGCGCAAGCGAGAAGGACGUGCGGUUGAUCCUGCCACUUCUGGACUCGGCUUUCCACCGACUGAUCGUUCACAGCGUCUGCCAGUUCUACGGCGUGCGAUCACGAACCGAAGCCAACCGCCGCCUGAACACGAAGAUCAUGGUGCUGAAGAGCCCGAAGAAGAAGCUCUCGCCCGACGACCUCGCGCAGAUCUCGCUGUGCGAGUUCAUCCGCGAGACGCGCAUGGCCAGACGCCACGUCGUCGCGGCUUCGCCCGAGAAGAUCGUCGACGGCAGCCGCGCGCUGGAGCUGCAGUCCAAGAGCAGCGAGUGCAGCGACGGCUUCUGCUUGGUCGAGGCCCCGCAGGUCUAAGCUCGCGAGCCUCUAGGACCCACUCUAUGGUAUGGUCGAGCGUUCUGGUGGAGCGACGGGAGGAAAAUGAAGGCUGCGUGCGGCUAGCGUAGCUCUUGUGAGUUGAACUCGCCGCUCAACACGUAAUCAGGAAUCCAUCUGGCUUCA